CAGAUUUCACCCACCGCAGAAACCCUAAUUCACCAUUGUUCACCGCGCUUUUUCCUUGCGCAGCAAACAAACAAAGAGACCCGACCGGAGAUGACUGAGAGACAACAGCAGCAGAAACUGCAGCAACAGCAGCAGCAACUCCUUCUCCGGCAAAAUCCACCGGAGGGGACGACAUACUUAGUCGUGAAUAUCUUCCGGACAGCUGGAGUAAGCGACGGAGCUCCGGCGUAUCCCUCCGGAGGCAGAAACCUCUACACUACCUUGGUCUGGAUCGACCCCAUGAGGCAGUACAAAACAUCGACGGCCAAAACCUUCGGAGAUCCCGCGUUCGACGAGAGAGUAUUUAUUCCGGUGGAAUCUCCGCUGAAGAAUCUGAAUCUGAACCUGGAGCUGGUGAGAGGGAUGUCGUGGAGAGACCCAGGCACAUCGGACGGCAUCACCGUGGUCGGGAGGGCGAAGAUUCCGUUGCCGGAGAAUCUCGGAAGUGCCGGCGAGAUCUCGAAAGUGGCGAAGCUUUUCAGAAUGGAAAACGGAACAGUUGUUCCUAAGGGAUUCAUCGGAUUGUCUUUUGCUCUCGUCGUAUUGGACACUCUCCAUGCUUUUUGAUUCAAUGGACUCUUCGUCUUCUUCCUCUUCUUCUUCCCCUUUUUUUUUAUGGUUAUUUUAAUGAAGCAGUGUCAUGAAUCCUGUUUCAUAAUUUUCCUUUUUUUAAUUUCAGUUUUAGCAAUCAGGGUCGAAUGA